CCCUCGCGGCAGAGCGGCCCCGGAGGACUUCCGGACUGCGCGUCCUAUUUAGACGCCCUACAGAGGCCUUCGGGAAUCGCAGUCCGGCGCGCGCAAGUCGCCGGGAGCUGUAGUCCGUGUCGCCUGCUCAGUCAGCGUGGUACCACCCGGUCCGUCGCCGCCUAGGGAAUGCGAAAGCGGCCGGUCCCGGGGAGCGCAAAGGCCGGCGGGGCGACCAGAAGAGACCCUGUUACCCAGAGACGGGAAAGGAGGAGUCCUCCACUGCUAGCAGGAGCUGAGGCGGGCAUGUCUCAGGCGCCGGAAGCGAGACCGAGUCCACCCUCAGUGUAUCACGAGCGGCAGCGCCUAGAGCUGUGCGCCGUCCACGCUCUCAACAACGUCCUCCAAGAGCAGCUCUUUAGCCAGGAGGCUGCCGACGAAAUCUGCAAGAGGCUAGCCCCUGAUUCCCGGCUGAACCCCCAUCGCAGCCUCUUGGGUACCGGCAACUAUGAUGUCAACGUGAUCAUGGCUGCCCUGCAGGGCCUGGGCCUGGCCGCUGUGUGGUGGGACAGGAGGAGACCCCUGUCCCAGUUGGUCCUGCCCCAGGUACUGGGCCUGAUCUUGAACCUACCCUCUCCUGUGUCACUGGGGCUGCUGUCUCUGCCACUGCGCCGCCGACACUGGGUGGCGCUGCGCCAGGUGGACGGCAUCUACUAUAAUCUGGACUCAAAGCUACGGGCCCCUGAGGCCUUGGGGGACGAGGAUGGAGUCAGGGCCUUCCUAGCAGCUGCCUUGGCCCAAGGCCUGUGUGAGGUGCUAUUGGUGGUGACCAAGGAGGUAGAGGAAGCCGGCCGCUGGCUGCACACUGGCUGAUCCACUACCUGGGAACCGCUGCCUGCUGCCACAGUCCUAAGUGUCCAGUGCCUGGAAAGGGCCUGCACCCCGGGGCUCAGGAGGCCUGCACCCUGCCCUAGGGUCCCCACUCCCCCCACCACUGCUGCCUCAAUAAAUCUGCUCUUUUGUUA